AUGUCAUUGAUAAACCAGACCUUGGAACUUUCUCACUCCGAGUUGAUAAUGUUGAGUUUCCCCGGAGUCUCCAAUCACAGAAAUCUUCUGUUCAUCCCCUUUCUGUACAUCUACCUGAUGAUCCUUGUGUGCAACUGUCCCAUCAUCUAUCGGAUCUGCGUGGAACAAAGUCUUCAUACGCCAAUGUACAUACUCAUCCUCGCCAUUCUCGUGGUCAGCGUCUUCUAUGACACCGUCAUCAUACCCAAGAUGCUGGUGUCUUUCCUUGGGUGGGAUACAAUAUUGUGGACUGCCUGCUUGAUGCAGAUGUUCACCGUCUACUCUGGCCUCCUGACAGAGUCCAUCAUAUUGCUGUUGAUGGCAUACGACAGGUAUGUCGCCAUCUGCAAGCCUCUGCAUUACCAUAACAUCAUGAACAAACAUCUACUGGUUCUUUUCUCCGUUGUUGGGUUCAUUAGGAACUGCUCGGUGGCCUGUCUUCUCGUCAUUUUGGACUCCCAGCUCCAUUUCUGCGAGUCGAAUGUCAUUCUGCACUUCUACUGUGAGAGCCCAGCGCUCUACAACCUGGCAUGCGGCGACAUCUCCAGCAUCCAAAACUCAGGUCUUCUGGCCCGGACAGUGUUGACCGUCUGCGACAUUUCCAUCAUCUCCCUCUCUUACCUGAAAGUUCUGAAGGCCGCCAUGAAGAUUGGAGUGGGCAGUGCCAGGCGCAAGGCCUUGCACACGUGUAGUACACACCUGUCGGUGGUGGUUCUCUUGUACGUGCUUGAAAUUGUCGCUACGCUGUUAUACCAACCUGGGAUCUCCGUGUCUUAUGACGCGCAGAACGCGGCCAGCGCAGUCUACUUUUUCCUUCCGGCAAUCGUUAAUCCAAUUAUUUAUGGACUACGCAUGAAGGAGGUGAAAGCUGCCUUACUGAGCCAGAUCAAGAGGACGCGUUUCGAUAAUCGGCUCUUUAAAGGAGAACUAUGA